CGCGGAGAACUCUCUAGUUGUUACUAGAAAAGUAAUCCCGUUACCGCCACCCAACAGGACUCACAGCAAACUGAUGCGCAUCGCUAUUGGACGCAGCAGUCAGGGUUGGACUCCAGCACCCCGCCGCCUGUUACGCAGGGAGCGCGUCUGGCCAGUUGCUCGUCGUUGAGCUCUGGAUAUGGAUCAGGACACAGUGUGCCUCCCAGCUGUCUCCCGCGGACGGGCUGCACUCUGCGGCGCAUAAAAAGGUGCCCAAAUGAAUCACCCCCCUCCUGGCUCCUCCGGCGUGCAAUGGCUUAACAGGAGAGACAUGAGUGCCCGGACGGAGGACAGCAUCACCUUGUGCCAAAGGGCUCUCCAAAUCGUUACGGAACUUUGUCUCACGGGACACGUUGACCGGGAGAAAUGCUCGGAUAUAUUUCCCCUGGAGAGCAACAUACAAGGUAAAGGAAACGCAGACAUCUCUAUUAGUCUCCUUGCUGUGGUCGUGGGUUUCUGUGGCCUCGCCCUGUUGGUAGUCUCUCUCUUUGUCUUUUGGAAGCUGUGCUGGCCCAUUUGGAGGAGCAAGGCUCUGUCAGCUCACGCCGAAAAUGGCCUCCAUGUUGGUUUCCCCGAGGCACCUCCACCCAACUCCCCGCCGGUCAGCGAGUGCAAAGCGGUGGAGGAGGAGAAGAAGUACCCGCUGGAAGUGAAGGUGAAUGGACGGAGCACGGUGAAGCUCCUGGAGGCGGCCAUGAAGAUCAGCCAGACGUCUCCGGACAUCCCCGCCGAGGUGCAGACCGCCCUGAGGGAGAAGCUCAGCCAGCAGGCUAAGAUCCAGAGGCAGACCACCGAGCCCACCUCCUCCUCCAGGCACAAUUCAUUCCGGCGCCACCUGCCUCGUCAGAUGAAUGUCACCAGCGUGGACUUCAGCAUGGACACAGUGCUUCUCCGUCAGUCUUCUACAGUGAGCAUUGGAAGAAUAAAACCCGAACUCUACAAGCAGAAAUCUGUGGACUCAGAGGAUGGGAACAAAGAGCCCGUGGAGACCUGCGGAAAGCUCAGCUUCUCGCUGCGUUACGACUAUGAGGAGCAAGCGUUGGUGGUUACAAUCCUCAAGGCUUUGGACCUGCCUGCCAAAGACUUCACGGGCACCUCCGACCCGUACGUGAAGAUCUACCUGCUGCCGGAGAGGAAGAAGAAGUUCCAGACGCGCGUCCACCGCAAGAACCUGAACCCCAUGUUUGACGAGAGCUUCUGUUUCCCCGUCGUCUAUGAUGAGAUUUGCAACCGAAAGCUGCACUUCAGCGUCUACGACUUUGACCGCUUCACCAGCCACGAUAUGAUUGGCGAGGUGGUGGUGGACAACCUCUUUGAACUCUCUGAUCUUUCCAGGGAGGCUGUGGUGUGGAAGGAUAUUCAUGCAGCAACUACGGAGAGUGUUGACCUGGGAGAGAUCAUGUACUCGCUGUGCUACCUCCCCACAGCGGGGAGAAUGACCCUAACAGUCAUCAAAUGCAGAAACCUCAAAGCCAUGGACAUCACAGGCUCUUCAGACCCUUAUGUGAAGGUCUACCUGAUAUGUGAUGGACGGAGGUUAAAGAAGCGAAAAACCACCACAAAGAAAAGCACGCUCAAUCCAGUGUACAACGAGGCCAUCAUCUUCGACAUUCCCCCGGAGAACGUGGAGCAAGUCAGCCUGUCCAUCAUGGUGAUGGAUUAUGAUCGGGUUGGACACAAUGAGGUGAUUGGUGUGUGUCACGCCGGGCCAGACGCAGAAGGCCUUGGACGAGAUCACUGGAACGAAAUGUUGGCUUACCCGCGGAAGCCCAUCACACACUGGCACGCGCUGGGAGAGUGGCCUGGAAGACCAGCAAGCUUUGAGAGUCAAGGUUCGUGUCCUUCCCCCAAACCUCCGCAGACGCCCUGAUGACCGCAGGUAGAGUGGGAACACCAGCCCUGUGAGGAAGCAGGCGUCUGUUUACAGUUGCUGAGAAGUUGUGUUGCCUAUGAGUCUCUUGUGAGCAUGUUGUACGACAAUUCAUUCCGUUUCUUAUAUGUUUAUAUAAAAAAAAAAAGUAGUAUUGAAACAUAACUCGGGUCCUUAACGUGCUCUACAGAGCUGGCUAUGCACAGCACUCACUGUCAUUAAAUUCAAGAGAUUGUUUUUCAUGCACCUGCUUUGAAAUUCUCAUCAAUGCUUUAUUUGCCAAACAUUCACACAGACCACAUGAAUGGUAGGCCUCACUGCAAGAGGUCCUCGGUCAUUCACAAGGCUGUAUCAACCUUUGCAAGAACCUUUCUUUCUGCCCCUAGAGCUCUGUAGCGAGUUAGCAUUUUGCUUUGAAAAUGGCACAAAGGGCUACGCUGCUCAAUGCCAUGAAAACCUUUGCUUGAUAAAAUAAAGUCAAUUAAUCCAGUGAGUCUUGAUUCAGGUAAUCGAGCACCAUUGGUUAGUCCUCAUCCUAAAACAACUUCUCUGUUUUGCUAAUCCAAGUAGCCUACAGGUAUAUGAGCUGAAUAGCUAAACAUAGUUAUGUUAGAUCUUACAUUGUUCCUACUCUUACUUGCUGGCUCUACAAUGAAAUACGAGAACAAUAUGAUUUAAACGGAUCAACUGGUGUGGAUGCUGACUUUGCCUGGGACGUGCUUCUUUAGCCUCCGCCCUUUAGCAUGAUAUCAAGUAGCCUACCGUAUGUAACCAUCAGGUUCUUGGUUUGAAACAAAUCAGCUUGACACAUGACAACGUCAACAGCGGCUGCGGUCAUAGCGUCUAAGAUCUGGUCGAUUUCUAAGAAAGGAGAUGUGCUUCAACGCUUCUUUUCUUACCUCCUUUAGCAUAAAGGACAGAUAAUGACGUGUCACAUUUAAAGCGACGCAUGUCAAUAACAUCUAGUGUAAGUGCAGUGGGAUUCUCUGAGCACUGCUGUUGUCUUUAUGUACUAAUCUUCACAUAUACCCUUGACCUCAUGACUUUUUUCGUCGAGGUCACUGACCGCAGCCAGCCUUUUCAACAAACUCGUGAAGCUAACGUUAGCGUAAUUAGCUAGCUAGCUUAUCAAAUCUGCUAGUGACAGGAACAGCCUGAAACGAGGCUGCUUUUGACAACUGUGGAAAUAAAAAGGACCUCACAAACUGCACGAUGAGCCCUGUGGAAAUGGCUCAGCAAACACUCAAUUAGCCAAACACCAAAUACAUAGUAAUCGAAUUUCUAUUUUAAAAACUAGGAAGAAAAAGAAGCCAAACUUUAUUGCACAACUUUUCUUCACCAGUUACGAAUUCAGGGAAUGAUAAUCCAUCAAACAUUUGCAAAUGUUAUGUAUGUUUUUUUACAUUAAGCCAUAUGAAUUUAAGUUCAAUGCAUCAAACACAGCUCAGCUUCUCAUUAUAUGUGAGUAAUAAGAAACCAACAUAGCAAAUAGAAAACGGCUAUGUACUGUUAGCUUACUUGCACAUGCAUACAAUGACCCUGCGCUGCCAUUAAUAUCAAAAAUAAAUAUUUUUACUUGUAGCAUGCCUCUCACCUCUUUAAAAACACACCUAUUGGAGGGAAAAUAAGUAUUUCAAAUUCAAAACUUUGUGUUUACAUUUGUAUAUAUCAAUGGCACUGUUUGUAUAUAUUCAAAAGUGAAAUUCAAGAAGUUGUCGUGAACUCAUGGAGAUAGACAUCACAAUGUAUUUGUAUUGUUUGGUGAUCAUUUGAACAUCACAGACUUGUAAUUGAGUGACAUUUCUACAUGUUCUGUAAUAGUUGUGAACAAUACGUCCAACUGGAGACCCAGUGAAGCCAACUCCAUCUUAUCAAGUUAUUCCAUGUUUAGGAGUUUAGAGCUUUGAGCUGUAAUUGUUUGCAUAUUGAAUCUAUAUUGAGCAAGAACAUCUGCAACUGCUGUCAUGAUGUGUACAGUUUGUGAUAACUUUUGUAACACUUCAAAGUAAACAUUUUAAAUAUGAUUUAUUGUAUCUGUUUCAUAUGUAUUUUAACAAGAUAAAUAAAAAGAUGG